AUGACCCUUUUCGUCGUGUGCCCGGCACGCCGCGGGGUCAUCGAAGCAGGCUUCUUCUUGUCGGCACUGCUAUGUCCAUUGGCGGCCGCAGCCGGAACCUUCCAAUCAAAUGUGAAUGCGUCGAGCUCCCCUCGAAUCUACAACGCUAGCGAGAUGAACGAAGAUUGGCUGGGAUACUCGUGCGCCUCCAUCGGCGACGUCAACGGAGAUUCCCUGAUGGAUGUCAUGGUGGGCUCCUACGGAAGCUCUCACUUGAGCGAAGGCGCGGCCCACGUCGUGUACGGCACUAAUACAUCCGCAGCGUACGACGCUUCUUUCCUCGAUCUCGGCGCCGGGGGUGGUGGAGGGCUCGACGGGGUCGACGGCUUCACUCUCUCGGGGAUGUCGAUAGAAAUAGAGCUCUACGCGAAGCUGAUCUCCGACACGCUUGACAGGCAACUAUCGUUGCAGUACACCGGGAACCCGCUGUCCUCGGCGGGAGACGUCAACGGGGAUGGUUAUGGCGACAUUCUUGUCGGUAGCCCGACGGCCGGAGCGGUGUAUCAGGGGCACACCUACCUGGUGUUUGGUGGUGCCGGUCUGCCGAGUAGAGUGAACCUGACGGAAUCGGACGACGUGACCGGAGGGAACGAGGGCGUGGUGGUGUUUAAGGGGGCUUUGACAGACGAAUCCGGGUUCUCUGUGUCCGGGGGGUUCGACAUGAACGGCGAUGGAUUGAGUGAUUUCAUCAUCGGAGCACCGGAAGGGGGAACCACCGGGGAGUUCGACGGGGAGGCGUAUGUCAUAUUCGGGCAGGAAAACCUGGCCGAUUCUGACACGGUGAUGCUUGACACCGAUCUGGAUGGGACAGUCGGUUUCAGUAUUCUUGGGCCUUCGGAUGACGCUUACGCCGGCAGCUCCGUUGCGGGAAUCGGGCGACGGCUACGAUGAUGUCAUCGUUGGAGCUUUCGGAGACGUACCUGACAGGAGAUAUCGAGCGGGCGCAGCGUACGUGGUGUUCGGCAGGGCCGAGGGCGACUUUGCCGCAGCUUACGAUCUCAGAAGCGCCGACAUCGUUGAUGGACAGACGGCUACCUCGCUGUUGGGGCUGCGAGCGGAAGACGCCACGGGUAUCGGUGUGGGCCCGGCGGGGGACCUCAACGGGGACGGAGUACCAGAUAUUUGGGUCGGGGCUCCUACCUCAGACCCAGGCAGCCUGGAAGAAGCCGGGUCUGCGUACAUUGUGUUUGGGUGGAAAGAAGAAGGGGACGUCUCUUCCUGGGGAGAGUCCGUCGACCUUUCCGCACUCGAUGGAUCGAACGGGUUUGUCAUAACAGGCUCCACCUCAGGGGGGCAUUUCGGGU